CUUCCUAUUCUCUGGGCCAUUGGACACAUUGGAACGAGAUCCUCUACCUCUGCUCUGACACAAUCUCCCAUGCAUGCUUCAGGCUGUUCUUCACUUCAAGCGGCUUCCUAAAGCUUUAAAAGUUUUCCCGAUGAAAAGUGUUUCUCACUUUUUACUGGGCAAGAGUCGUAUAGCUUUGAUUCGCUUCAGAUGUGGAUAACUAUCAUUAGUUACAGACAUUCAGACCAACCAAUCCCUCAGCUCCACCUUUUCCAAUCAGAACUCAGCCUUCCCUUUGAAUUUAAUAAGGUAAGUAUCAAGAACAGUGAAAAAUCGCAUCUUUCGAAAGAAUAAGAAUUAAGAAGAGUUGGGUUCCACCAGACUCUCAAGCUACCCUUUGAAUGUAAUACUCUACCUUUCUUGUUCACUUGCCUAGGCUUUUGGGCUUCUGAAGAGUUGAAAACCUGAAACAAUUUCAACUUUGAAGCUUGGUCAUUCCCAAACAGAGGAGGAAAGAGGGAGGAGAGGAACUUUUGGGUGUUCAGAGGAAUCAUAAAUGGCAGGUGGGUAUGACUUUUUCAAAGUUGGUAGCAGUGGGAGAUCAUUUAGAGACGAAGAUUUUGAAGAAGAAGAUGUUUGGUCCGUAGUGAUGGACAUAAAGGAGCCCACUUCCAACGACAGAAAACCCAAGGACACGAGUCACAUCUCCUCUGUUUCUUCUACUCCAACUCUGAAGCGCUUUCCAACUGCUUCAAGAAUGAUUCCAAGAGCAAACAAUUCCUCCCAUGAGGCAAAGCUUAUACAGAAAUCAUCAGCACCUGUAAACAUACCUGACUGGUCUAAGAUCUAUGGGAAGAACCCAACUAAGGGAUCUGAUGGCGGCUAUAGCUACGGCUAUGGUGGUGGUUAUAUUCUCAGUGGGGGCCUUGACAGAAUUGUUGGUGAUGAUGAUGAGGAUGAGGAGGAUCUUAUUCCACCCCAUGAAUGGAUCUCUAAGAAGCUGUGGAUGAGUCAAAUUUCUUCAUUCUCUGUGUGUGAAGGUGUUGGAAGAACAUUGAAAGGGAGGGAUCUCAGCAAAGUUAGGAACGCUGUUCUGACUCGAACUGGCUUCUUAGAAUAAAAAAACCCAUCUUCAGUUCGCCAUUCCCAUCGCUACCAUCAUCCGCGGAGUGGACUUGAUGGAUUGAAAUAAACUAAAGAUUAGAUUUUUGUUCAGUUUUUUUCGUUCUCUUUCUGGGUGUCCUUUUCUGCAAAUCAAUGUACAGUUAAGGCUUCUUGAAUCCCUGCUGCUUUGGAAGAUUGCUUAUUUAGAAUCCAAAAUGGGUUUGUUUUAA